AUGGGGCUCAGACAGGGGUCUGGCGUCUGGAGACGACGGACCGGAUCGGCACAAGGAUCGCGUCGUGGGUCUUGCCAGCCAGGCUUCGAGUUUGGGUUCAUGUUUGUCACCUGUUUCGCGGUCAACACGGCCAGCACCUGCUUGCAACUGCCGAGCCUGUUCCCGCCGAAGGGCCAUCCCAGCUCCCGCACUUUGCACAAACCCACAGGCCAACCCUCUCCUUUUAUGCGCCGCCAGCAUCUUGUGUCACGUACUGGUGCAAUGUCGAGGAUACAGCGACGGCCGGCGCGUUACCUACCGCCCUCUUCGCUUAAGCGGCUGCUGGUUUUGCACGAGGUCUGCCGUGAUUGUCCGAGGCUUGCAGGCAGCCCCAGGCUUGCCCGGUUCCGUGGCGAGUCGGCGGAACGACCGAGGCCCAGGCGUUUAAAGGAUACCCAAAGGCGAAAACACUGCGGUGAAACACGUCGGCCAUGCUCGCGUUGCUUUGCAAAUCGAUCAGGAUUUUCGGUGCAGCAGGCUGUCGAGCGUGGUCCACCGGCCGAGUGCUGGCGGGGACCUCAGCCCGGCUCCAGGCAAGAAGAGGGUAAUGAGGGAGGAGAAGCUAGACUGACAAGCUGGUGA